AUUUUCAUUAUAAUGGCGGAAGACGAAGAUAGUGUUUCAAACAAGAAAACUUCACAAAAUUCGAAUGAUGCAGGCCCCUCUCAAGACAAUGAACAAAAUACCUCGAUACGAGAUCUAGAGAUCGAGAAGGAGAAGUUUAAUAGCAACGAAAAUGGCGAGGCAUCGCCUUCCGAAGCUAAAAGUUCUUCAUCCAAAUUCACUGGCGCCACUCGUAAGGAAGAGAAUCCGUUUUCGUUUCGGCAUUUUCUGAAGCGUGAUCUAUCUUUACCGGGCAAUUCUACAUAUGAAAACACAGGCGCCCGACCCAAAGUUUACUCUAACACAGUGCAACAUUCGCCAACCAAAAUCGAUGUCCACGCUGAUUCUAGACGCGAGAAAACACUUUCGUCCGAUACACAAACCAAAGAAAAGAAUAAUGGUGGUAGCAGCCAUCAUUUAAGUGAUAAUAUGUCUUCGAGUAGUUCUGUAGAGAUACCUUUUAGUGUAGUGGACAAUUCUGAAUCUAAGCAUAACUUUUACACAGACAAUUCCGAUGUGCCGUUUUAUCAUAGGCCAAAUUUGGCUUCAGAGCCCCUAGGCAUGCCAUCUCUUCCAGAUUUUGUUCAAGAUCACAUUUUGGUGGAGCAGGCUUAUCUGAACUCUAAUGGUCCAAUAUCUGUUGAUAUGGAUAACCUGCCAGAUUUGUACUUUAAUUUCAAUUCUAAUUUCAAUGCGGGCUCUUCAUCUUCGCUGGGAAGAAGAAAUAAUAGUAAUCACAGUGGUAACAGAAGUUAUGACUAUGAAACAUAUACGGGUGCAGCAUCUACUUCAAAUGAUAAUGUCGGCAGUGGUGCCGGGCGCAGUAUUCCACUAGAUUUGCCUGCAGGUGCAGAGGCGGCAGGACCGAUACCUCAUGACCUGCCAGCACAUAUCAGUCUCGAUCUUACUGAAUCUGUGAAUCCUGCAGAUAGGAGGAACACAUCUCCAAGAAAUACAUUUCCUUUAGACUUACCACCAAAUGCAGGUGCAGAGUCUAUGCGGCUUCCUGACUUCCUGCCGGUGCAUCCUGGUCGUACAUCACCAGAGCCAGAGCAUCAAGAUGAACAAUUGCAACAGAUAAUCUCAGAACUGGAAAGGACACGGGCGGAAUUAUUUUCGGAGCGUAGUCGUCGUCACCGCGCGGAAGCUGAGGCGGCGGGGGCGCGUGCUCUCCUGCGCGCCUCCUCGCCACCGAUACAACACGCGGACGGACCAUCGAAUCGUGCAGCAGAUUCAGAUUCAACUGUAUCUAGACUAAGGAAGGAAAUAAAAAGGCUAAAGGAGGAAUUAUCCGCGUCUCAGGAGGAAGUAAGAUUAUUACGCGGACGGCAAGUACUAGCCGCUAGCGAUCUUAGAAACGCAAGUGCUGUAGCAGAAACAUCACUCAGAGAAUUAUUGGCGGGUCUCGAACAACUAAGAAACUUAAGUUCGACUCUCGACCCUACAUGAUAGCGAGUGCCAGGCACCUAAACUCUCAUUACUGACGAUCUCAACUCAGCAAGGCUAUUAUCGACGUUUUAGAUGACAGUACUUAUAAGUGAUCUUGUAAUUUCAUUUCAUAGACGAAUAACAUCUGUUGUUGUCCAUUAUUAUUUGCCUAGGUCUGUUAUAUUAUGUUAUAUUACAGAUAUAGUUUUUAUUCACUUCUCAUAAGUAAUAUAGUGUUAUUGUGUUAAGAAAACUGUUUUUAAAAACACAACUAAAAUGUUAAGUAAAAUAAGGCCAGCGAAACGAGAUAAAGUAUAAAUAAAUAUUUGUUCCUUUAUUUGUACACUUACACCCUGAAGUUGAAAAUGCAAAAUAAGCAGGCCGUUUCACAGUUCUAUGCUUAUUUGUCUCCCACAGUAACCAAUCUAACCGUUAUGAAGUUUACAAUAGCAAAUCAUUUUUACUCUGUGCUUAUCUUUCGUAAGUAAUAAAGUCGUUCUUGCUCUUUUUUUUAUAAUUCUUAGUGAAUGAAAUAAUUGAGUAAACUAGCAAUUAAGAUCACGUCGUAAUAGUAGAAAAUUCAUCUGUUACAAAAUUUACAACAUUAUAAUACGGCUGAUUGGAUCUUUUCUAAUAAAUCUAUCAUUUUUUAUUCCGACAAUGAUGAUUAUAAUGGUAUGUUUUAUCAAAAUUAAAUUCAAUUUCUUGGAAUAAAAAUGAUUUUUACCCUUGAAACUUUACUUGUUUUGCUGACCUUACUUUAGAAAAUUUAUAUUUAUCAACUUUGCUGUUUACAAUAAUUCGUUAUUUUUAUAAUAAAAAGCAAAAAAAAAAAUGUUGACACAUGAUAUUAAAAAAAAAAUUAAAGACAAUUUUUAACUUUAUCGAUCACUUUCAGUUAUUAUAUGAAGCACCUAGACAAAUUCUAUUGGACUAAAAUCACAAUCAGCUAUAAUGGUGUCAAUUCUGUUGGCACUAACUAGACUUAAUUUAGUUUUAUUCCUGUCAAACUGAUUGACAAUUCUAUAAAUAACAUAAGGAAUCUUAUUAUAUUAUAGUUACAACCCAAAUUAAAAUUGUUUUUUUUUUAUUUUUUAUUUAGUACAACAGAAUUGGCAAGAAUAUUUGUAAUUUUGUGCACCAAUACUUAUAAUAAAUAUAUGUUAUAUUUGACUGGCUAGAUAAAGAUAAGAUAUAUUUGUUUAAAUGUGAAAAAAGAAAAAGCUGUUAAUUGUUAAAUUUAGUUCUUCCAUUAAAAACAGCCAAAGUAAGACCUUUUUUCUGAUUAAACAUUUAAAUAUUAUUUGAAAAUGUUAUUAAAGUAUUUUUUUUCACACAGCACAUUAGGAUAUUACAAAAAGCCAUAUUCCUAACAUUGAAUUAACAUUGAAUUUUGAACUUAUUUAUCUAUUGGAUAAUGUUUGCCUUUUAUAAUAAAUCUAAUGUGCUGUCAAAUGUGUAUUUGCAGAAUAUUGGCGUAUUUGUUUAGUUUGUUGCUCUAUUUAGUUUUCGAUUUAGAUUGCAGGUAAUUUGGAGUCUGGUUAUUGAAUAAAUAAUAAAAUCACUACUAAUGAAGCAUGUUUUGUGAAUAUAAACAUAAUCUGUAAAUCUGUACAAUGUGUGUAUAAAAUAUAUUGCUGUUUUAAUAAUUAAUGAUAGAUUACAAAUUAAUAAGUGGGUUGCUCCUCGAACAUAGUAAAUGCUUUUAGAGAUGUGCCGAAAUGGUUUCACCGAAUACUAUUCGGUUUCACCUUUACUUACCGGAUAUUCGAAUUAUUCGGUUUACCAUUUCACUGUUUUGUCGCAUAAACAGAUUGAAAAACAAAUGUUGAUUUGAAGUUCAUUUGCUUUUUUAUUAAUUUUAUUAAAUAAUUAUUCAUAGGAUUUCUUUGAUUUAUAAUAUAAGAUAAAUCUUACAUAAGAAGUUUCGUCGUUAAGUUCUAUACAGUGUCUGGUAGCCAAGAAAAUAGAAAAAUGGAUCAGAAUAUAUUCGGCACCAAAACCUAUUCAUUUGGCUAAUAUAAAUAGUGAUAUAUAUGCCGAAUACGCCGAAUACCGAACACCAAACGAAUAUUCGGCGCAUCUCUAAUUAAACGCCAUAUUAUGUAGUAGAGAGCAAUAUAAAGUGGAGUGGUUCCUAACCUAAAGGUAUAAAUCAUCCCAGUCAAUAAUAAUAAUUGCACCGGAGUAAACCAAUAAAUAUGUGGCGGUAAUAAAGAACCUAAUAAUAGGACGUAUUACUUUCUAUCGCCAGAUUACAACAAGCGCAUGUACAGUCACACUAUUUCCUGACCUACCUAUGACUGGGAAUGUGUAAUCAGAUUACACGGUAAAAAAUAAAAAAAAGGUUAUUUAAAAAAUACAUCAAUUUUAUUAAAUUAGCUUCAUUUGAAAUAGUUGGCAUAACUACUUUUUG